AUGGCAACAACAACAGAACGAACCGAAAGUCCUACCGAACAGCAAACUGGCGCGGUGGCCCAACGCUUGGAGGGAGAGAAGGAAAAGUACCGCUUGAUCGUAUCCCUCAAUGACGAAGAAAAACUGCACGAGGGCUUUAACACUCUGUGGCAGACGGCGGCGGUGGUAGCUGCCUUGUUUUUAUCCUUCUUGGUAGGACAAAGUUCCGCCUCGUUGGACUUGCAUCCCAACAACGUAUGGAAAAAGUUGGAUCCGAACAAUCCCAGCGAGAACAGCGCGGAAGAAUGGGUGAAAUCCUUUUACGAUCUUUUGAUUGGUUUUUCGACGGUCUUGGCGACCUUUAUGGUCUGUGUUACCAUCUUGCUAUCGAACCAAUUGGCCCACGUCCCCAAAGAAUACACCAGCAAACUCAUUGAGGCAUUGGGGAUUGCCGUGGUGCAAAUGAGUCAAGGAAUCAUUCUAUUCGUCUUGGUCGUCCUAUUCUUGACUGCCGUGGGAUUGCAAUUCAGUCUCAUUUAUUCCGUGUGGGUGGCAUCCUUCACCAUUCUUUCGGUCAUACUGGCCGGGGGCGCUUUGGGGUUUUGUACCCACUAUGUCAUUGCCAAGAAACGAAUGGUACUGGAAGAAAUUGAACAAGAAAAACUCAAAGAACAGCAGCAAAAGCAACAAAAUGCCCCCAAAACCGUGCAGGUGGUGCCGUCCCCACCCAACCAACAAAAAGGACAAUCCGUCGUCAUCGCCACAAACGGGAAGCAUCAGCAACAACAACAAAGAGCAACACCCAGGAGGAAAUCCACUACAGAUGCCAAAAGAGCACCCCAACAAACCAAGACGAAGAAUGAGACCCACCGCAAGUCCCUUCCACUGCAGCCACCCCGAGCUAUUCCCAAGCAAGAGAAUAGCCAAAAAGUCGACCUUCCUCCUGGAUGGACCCGUCAUUUUGAUGACGACACCAAUCAUUACUAUUACGCCAACAAAGCUACGGGAGAAACGACUUGGGACAAACCAAACAUAUAG